GUGAAGGCAACGACAUCGGGAAGCAAUUCCUCGACGGAGGCGAUGCUUUGCCUGCCCGACGAUGAUCCAGCAGGCAAGGCAGCGCAGAAUUGGAAGCAAGCAAGCAAGCCAUGGCACGGAUGGCGUGAUGUUUGUGUGCUUGGAGGAAGAGUUGAAGAGGCGGUGGCGUCGAUUUCCGGGUUGGGGAAUGGGGUUGAGGUGGUAGAGGGGAAGAAGAAGAAGAAGAAGGAGGAGGAGGAGGGUUAGUUAGGAGGGUUAGAGAAGCAAGCAUUGAGUGGGAAGGAGAAGGGUACAUGGUAGGGGCUCAUGGCGUGGAGGCUGUGGAGACCGUGGUUGCGGUAGGGGAGAUCGCGGAGGCCCUGGCGGAGACCUGGGAGUGCCGCCACGAGCGGCAAUUGAAGAAGGAGGUGGAUAUGGAGUGGGACUGGGCAGAGGUGGAGAGUGAUUUGGAUAUUCAACGGAGAGAGAGCAUGCGGCUGCGGGCCAUUAUCCAUAUGUAUGAGCAGACGUUUCAGCAAUUGCACAAGCAGAAAAUGGAGGCGGGGGGAGUUUCCGUCGAUUGUUCCGUUGCUAUUUAUGAGGAAUUGAAGUUGAGGGUUGCUUCACCUGAAUUUCUGUAUAAGCUGAAACUAAUUGAAUGGGAUGGCGACUCGCCGUGUAAGGAUACCACGGUCUCGACGACCAUAGAUGGAAUAAAUGUGAAGGUUGAUGUAAAUGAUCCGAACUGGUGGUUGUGGCUGUCUAAGAACGACGUGAGUAGAGGUACUGAGGAGGUGCAAGAUGGCUUCGGAGCUGAUGGCUAUGUUCUGGUUAACCAGGUGGAUAUCGUAGAUAGUAUUGCCAGUUUUAUAGCUCGGUAUAUAUCAUCAAUUCCUCAUGCGAAGACUAUUACUCCGAAGGAGCUGCAACAAGCAAUGACACAAGCCUUCACUAAAGUGGAAAAGAAAGGGAGGCUGCAUUCGUUGUGGACCACUGGGAAGUUCCUCUAUACGGCUAGUUCAUGGGGCGCUACAGCACUGUCGAUAUAUAAGCAUCCUGUGGUGAUUCGGGCUGCUUCUAUGGCUGUGUGGACCUCGUGCUGCCUUAUUCUCAAAUUGAUCGCCUAAAUGUUUUUAGAAAUGUAGCCUACUUCUGAUUGGCUCCCAUGGGAGUAAACAUCGACGUGUAAAUAGCUGUACAAUUACAGAUGUUCCUUGCAUUGCUAUGCAUUGUCUCAAUCAUUGUAAGGCACCUUGAAGUCGUAUAGCUACAAGAAGCUAUCUUCGAGUCGUGCAUUUUACGGUUGUUUCAAAUAGCAGGUAGUUAUUUAUCAAUGUUUCUCGUCCAUCCUAGUAGCAUAUAGUAUUCCAACAUUGGCUAUCAUUACAAGUCUUGGCUUUGUUGCGAUAUACGAAACCUUAUCCUCAAGUUCAGAUUACUGCUGGAAACUGGCAGUCCCUGUGUAUUCAGUUAUUUGUUUACGCUCUCAAAAUCUAGGUUCAAGCUAGGUAAUGGAACAUCUUGUCUGACGUUUUGUAACAUAUAUACCUGCACUGUCUUGACCAUGUUUUUACUGGAACUAUUCUAUCA